AUGACCAUAGCAGCCGCGAAAGAGAGGAGUUGCGAAGAGACUGCCCUAAGUGCCGCCAUGUCCGCAAGUGGCCCGGAGUUCAACCUUCCACAUGAAUUACCAGAGGUCGCUCUAGAGCCUCUUGAUCUCUCCAAAAACCACCACGUGGUCUCCGAAACGUCUUCGGAGGCCACAGCAGAGGCGGACUUCGAAUUCUUGAAUCUCAUAGAGAGUUGUGUGGCGCUGAUGUCUCGGAUGCAACCUGCGCACCCAGAAAUUCUCCGCGGGAUCAGAUCAUCGCACGUGUUGCACAGAGCGCGCGGUGCGUGGAUGCGUGGAGAGCUGGAGCCGCUCCAAGAGUUCAGCGAGAAGACGACCCAGCUUGACGAGUUUUGGUCACACAGCUGGCAAACGAGUCUUUGGUUAAAGUAUGUCAGCAUCCUCUAUCGUAGCAAUGGCUUGCCAGCAUUUAUACUGGGCACGCUCAGUGCUCUGCUGGCCUUUUCCUUGCAGGUAGCUGGCGUUAUUUCGUGGCGGGGUGCGUGCACGCUGGCUGGGACUGUGGCCUAUUACUUGACUCUUCUAUUCUGGAAGCCCCAAAAGCAAGUGUUCCUGGACGUUGCAUGCGUGGACCAGGUUGACGUGGCGAAGGCCAAUCUGAUACACUCACUGAGGCCCGCGACGUACAUCUCCUGGAGCUUUCAGCUGUUUAGAGCCGGCAUUUUGCUGGCCGCCCGUGAGGCGUCUUAA